AUGGGUGACAAGCGCAAGCUCGUUCAGGACGAGAUCGUCGAGCCCGAGGGCAAGAAGGUGAAGAAGGACAAGAAGGAGAAGAAAGAGAAGAAGGAAAAGAAGGAAAAGCGCAAGUCGCGCGAUGAGUCCGAAGAAGUCGCACCUGUUGAGACCGCCGCUGAGGAGGUCAAGGUGAAGGAGGACAAGAAGGAGAAGAAGGACAAGAAGGAAAAGAAGGCUGAGAAGACCGAGAAGGACAAGAAGGAGAAGAAGGAGCGCAAGGAGAAGAAGCGCGAGGCUAAGGCCGAGGCUGCCGCCUCAGAGGACGCUAUGGAUGUGGACGAGACCCCCGCCAAGGAGGAUGAAAAGAAGGAGAAGAAGGAGAAGAAGGAAAAGAAGGAAAAGAAGGCCAAGAAGGAGAAGAAAGAGAAGAAGGACAAGACCUCCGAGCCUACUACCGAGUCUGAAGCACCCGCUGCCGAGACCGCUGAGACCGCUGAGGCCGAGGGCGAGCAGACCCAGAAGGGUGCUCGUUUCAUCUGCUUCGUCGGCAACCUUCCCUACUCCGCCAACCAAGAGUCUCUCGCCAAGCACUUCGAGAAGAACCCUCCUGCCACAAUCCGUGUCGCAACCAAUAAGGAUGACCCCAAGAACAAGUGCCGUGGCUUCGCAUUCAUUGAGUUCGACAACUACGACCGCAUGAAGACCUGCCUCAAGCUGUACCACCACUCCAUGUUCGACGACAAGAAGUACCCUCCUCGACGCAUGAACAUUGAGCUGACUGCUGGAGGCGGCGGCGGCAAGUCCGAGCACCGCAAUGCUAAGAUCCAAGCUAAGAACGAGAAGCUCAACGAGGAGCGCCAGCGCCAGGCCAAGGAGAUCCAGAAGGACAAGAGAAAGCACGAGAAGAAGCCUGAGCAGGAGGGUGCCACUGGUGCCAACUCCGUGGGUACGGACGGUGCUGCUGAUCCCAAUGACCAGUGGGCUGGUGUCCACCCUAGCCGCAGAGGCCGUCUUUGA